AAAGAAGGAGUCAGUGCAGCGGAUGCAGAGGUGGCGUUAACAUGUUGCUCCACGCGUCUGUGUUCACCGCGUUACUCGUGGCUGUCAGGGGGAAAGUUCUUUAUGGCGACGGUCUGCCGGGCGAGGAAUGCGAGAUGGGCGGGGGCGUGAAGGGCUACUGCGAAGAGGUGGGGGCGUGUCUCCGUGACGGGGGCGUGGCCAAGAGAGAAGGCGUGCUCCAGCUGUGCAGGGGCGUGCGUAGGGAAGUGUAUGUCUGCUGCAGAAAACCAGUUGAAAUCGCCAGGGAGCUUUGCGAUUCGUGGGCGGAUCUGUGGCGGCAAGAGGAUGGGCGGUGCGUGACCGAGAAACCGCUCAUCGUGGGCGGGGAAGACGCCCACCCCGGGGAAUUCCCGCAUACGGCUAUACUUGGACGGAAGUGGGGUAACGAGCCUGUGGUAUACGAAUGUGGGGGAACCCUUAUAUCACCACACUACGUCCUCACCGCCGCCCACUGCCUCUUUGGAUACAGCGAAGGCGUCACGUACUGGGUGAAGCUUGGAGAACACGACCGCCACUACAACGCCUCCCAACGAAUCCCGCGGCUGAGGGGGACACGUCCUCCCUCCCUCUACCGGGCGGGGCCGCUUUCGACUUCAUCCACCCGCAUUAUCCGAGGAGGUUCAAUUAUCACGACAUCGCUCUCGCCAAGCUCAAGAAGCCGGCGGUGCUCACGAAACGGGUUCUACCGGCCUGUCUGCCCACCAACCCCAGAGAAGACUAUCGUGGGAGGAGCUUGACUGUGGUGGGCUGGGGACAUACAGAAGGAAUGACUGAGAUGACUCGUAUCCUGAAGAAGGCGUCAGUGCCUGUGGUGGAUCGUCUCACCUGUUCCUCCAAGGUCGUCAGUCCCUACACCAUCCCCUUCGGCAUCACCCAGGACAUGCUCUGCGCCGGGACGGAAGGGCGGGACUCGUGCCAGGGCGACAGCGGAGGCCCUCUGGUGGAGAGAGAAGAGCGCUUCGGAAGCCUAUGCGAGUAUACCGUGGUGGGCGUGGUGAGUUUCGGCAUCGGAGCGAACUCCCCCUGUGGUCUCCUGGGCGUGUAUACGAGAGUCUCUUCUUACCUGGACUGGAUCACGGGUUAUAUAGCCCCCAACAGCCCCCAGAAGAAGGAAUUGCGUGUUAGGUCAUAUAGCAGAGGAAUGGGAAGUCGGAGAGCGCAGGACGGAGACUUCGAUCAGCUAUCGACGGUGGGACAAGACGCAGCUAACCUCGACGAUUCUGAGGAUACUGGCACUCUUACUUUUGCGGGAGAGUUUGGAACUAGGGAUCUGUUUCAGAGGUCGGGUUUCAGGAACAUCCAUCCCACUGCAGAUGCUGAAGGGGAUAAUCACGAGCAACCGAAUCAAGUCGAAAAUGCAACAAGUAAGAGAUCAGACGAAGCGAACACUGACAUUAUACAUUUCUUGGACUAAAAAACCUGAGUCCACUCGAACAUUGGCUAUUCUUUACGACAGCUGUGGGCAGUAAAGUGCUUUUUACGGUCCAUGUUUCAGUGCUUGUUUGUAGGUGAGACUGAUGUUCCCUCUGCAACAGAAAAUCAACCGACGGCAGCAUAUUAUUAUAUCUUCGGUUUAUGGAGAAGAAAUAAACAAUAUAUGGAACGUUAUGAUGCUAGUUCCUUGAGUUAUAUCAUGUUGAUAUUAUUACUAGAUUCAUAACCUUUAAUAAUAACACACUAUAUGCAGUAACAAACAUGCUCAAAUGUUUAUCCUUUCUACAUUUCUGAUAGUAAACAUGUUUAUAUGUACCUGGUCAUGUUGACGCAGGCUCUGUAUUUAUUUUCCAUAAUAAAGUAAAUUCCCA